GUAAUUUUCAUGUUCUUCUAGCUCGUUCUCUGCAUUAUACAUAAACUCUGCCAAACGCUCAAUUACGCGUUUUUUGGAAAUUUUAUAUUAGCAUUGAUUUCAAUUUUAGAUGUGGAACCGUGGUUCCAUUUUGUUAUUAGUCAUACUAUUAGCAAAUCCGGUGCUACCAAGACGAGCGUCGGCCGGUGGUGGCUCUUUUCAACCUAGGGGAUCUAGUGGAGCUAGAGGAGCUAUAGGGCAACCAGGUGGUGGAUUCCAGCCAGGAGGUGCGAGUGGUUUUCGUCCACAACCGGCUCAAGGUGGUUUUGGAGGAGGCGUUCAUCCACAGGGUGGCUUCCAUCCCAAUCAAGGCGGAUUCCACCCACAGGGUGGAUUUAGCGGAGGUUUCCGCCCCGGAACGGGACCCGGAUCGGCUGCAAGCAGUGGAACAUUCAAAAAGGCCCUUAUUGGUGGUGCUUUGGGAGCUGUUGGAGGUAUUGUUGCCUUUGAAGCUGGUAAGGCUAUCAUCCAAUCGGCUACCAGACCUUUCAACCAUGACGGGCGUAAUUACUACUUUGAUAAUAAUGCCCAAGUGAAAGGCAAUGAGAUUAUGUGUUCGAUGCCUUUAAGUCAGCUACAGCAGCUUAACCCUACUACCACGACCACCACUGCAGCUCCAGGCUCAGCUGGAGAUUCGACAGUUGCUCCAGCGUCUACCACACCCAGUCCGGAUCAGAUUUUAAACACUCUCCAAUUUGCCGAUGGGACACGUCCCAAAACAAUAACUUGGACUUGCAAGCGAGGUGUUGAAGUGUGCUGUGGAACCGAUUGUUGCCCGGCACCAGUGCAGAACAAUAUGGCUGGUGGAAAUCCUAACCAUGCUGGUAGCACUGGUAGCAAUGUUGCUGGAAUCGCCAUUGGAAUGCUAGCAAAUAGCCUCAGUACUCCAUACCUUCUAACUCAAUCUAGCUUGCUUCAGACUCAUGGCUCUGUUGCUGUUCUGAACGACCAAUUCUUCUUCUUCUGCUUCUCUCAUGUUGCUGUUGUUGUUUCCUCGCGUACAAAUGCUGCCGAUCCGCCUUCGAUGGCAUUAUACCUCAAAGUAAUAAACAAGAAGAAGUACAGCAAGAUCCCUAUUCACAACAAUAUCCAAUGCAACAAUAUCCGGCUUCUCAAGGCUAUCCACAAAGUUACCCGUCUAACCAGGGUUAUCCCUCCAACCAGGGAUAUCCCCAGCAGGGUGGCGGCUAUCCACAGCAAGGCUAUUCUCAACCAUAUCCACCUCAACCGACCUAUUGAAGAGAGUUUUUCUAGGCUAGAAGUUUAACUCAUUCCUCUGGGGUGGAAGAACAGAUUGCGCCGCCUAGCCUCCCUUCUUGGAUAGCUGCUCCUCAUACGAUAUGCAGUAGCAUGCGCGAAAGGAGCAGUAGUCUGUAGGCGGAAUGUGUUCUUCUAUCCUAAUUUUUUCGGCGGCUUUUGUACAUAAUCUGAAUUUGCCAUUAUCUA